AGCGGAAGGGCGGGCACGGGAACGCGCAUUUCCGGCAGAGCGCGGGUGGGACUGGCGCGCUCCCGACGGGAGGAGAGCUCGCCGCCGGACGGGCGGGCACGGGCUGGGCAGGGACGCCCGCGUCCUCCCUCGCAGGUCAUGGCAGAAGGAGAGUUGCCAUCUGUUUUGAUCCUGGAUAUAGGAGGAACUCAUGGCGUGCUAGAAGACCUUGCAGCACUUUUGAAGAAACACUUUCACCUUAUCACCAUGAAGGAAUUUCUUGGAAACAAAGAGGAAAUGAGAAAAAAAAUCCAAUCCAUUUUUGUGUUUGAGUGCAGGCCAACUAUUGACCGUGAGCUUCUAGAAAGCCUGCCUAAUUUAAAGGUGAUUGCAAACUCUGGGGUUGGAGUGGAUCACUUAGACUUGAAAAUGAUCUCGAGCUUUGGUGUGAAAGUGACCAACACCCCGCACGCUGUGGCAGACCCAACAGCAGACAUAGGAAUGGCCUUGAUGCUGGCCUCUGCCAGAAGACUAGUGGAAGGCUGCCACAUUGCCGUGUCUCCAGACACAAAGUAUUUUGCUGUUGACUGGCUGGGAGUGGAAGUAACCAGAGCGACACUUGGGAUCAUUGGGAUGGGCAGCAUUGGAUACAAAGUGGCUCAGAGAGCCAGAGCCUUCAACAUGAGGAUCCUGUACCAUAACAGGAACCGGAGAAGAAAGGAGGAUGAAGAGGCUGUUGGUGCCCACUACUGUGCAAAGAUGGAAGACUUGCUGCAGCAAUCUGACUUUGUUAUGUUGGUUGUGAACCUGACUCCUGAGACUCACAAACUGAUUGGGAAAAAGGAGCUGGGGCUGAUGAAACCCACAGCUACUCUUAUAAACAUCAGCCGAGGUGCAGUUAUUGAUCAAGAUGCAUUGGUUGAAGCUCUCCAGAAUAAGGUUAUUAGGGCUGCAGCUCUGGACGUGACAUACCCUGAGCCUCUGCCAAGAGAUCAUCCCUUAUUAAACCUGAGUAACGUGAUCGUAACCCCGCACAUUGGAACCGCAACAGUCCAGGCCAUCCGUAUGAUGGCAGAAGAAGCAAUAGCAAACAUGCUGGCUGUUCUCAAUGACCAGCCCAUUCCAAGUGAAGUGUUUCCCAAAUGAUGAGUGCCAGAUGAUGCCACUAAAUUUCCUGUGUACUGGAAAGCACUAUUUCUUACCACUUUUCAGCUGAAUAAAAAAGUAACCUGUUCCUGCACUGCUCAUCAUGAUGCUGCAAAACUGUCAGACUUGAUCUGUUCUGUUACUUACAAUUUGUGAAAAAUGCCAAUCACUUGUUCCAAAUUUUUAAAAGUUUAAUAGUAAUAAAAUGGUUAUAAAAAUAGUAAUGCAAAUUAGAGCAAUAAGAAUUUGGACAAUCAGAGUUAGGACAAUAAAGGACAACAAAAGCAAAGAAUUAUGAAUGUUUGGAUGCUUUCCUCUUGAAAGCAUGGCUCCCUAACAAAGGAUUAACCCUUAAAAGCAAUAGCCUGUUGCAUAUCCAUAUGUCUCAUACAUGAUGCAUACAUUCCUUUCAAAUGAGAGAUUUCUCUGGUUACUGUUAACUUCCCCCCCCUUAAUCCUGUUGGCACCUCAAAGACAAGAAGGAGGUAGUAGAAAGUGUGUAUUUUCAGAUAAGGAGGCAAUAAUUCUUCUCUUGGAGAUUUAGGUGUCUUGUUGCUGUUAUCACUGUGCGAAGAAUUUCUCGAGCUAGUUAGAAAAAGUAUCUUAUAUCACAUAGUUUUUAUUUUAAUACUAUGUUAUAGCCUAAAACUAUAUUUAACACACUACUGGAAAGGAUUAAUAUAGUAUAAAUUUUUAACAUAACACAUAAAAUACCCAUUUUAAUAUUUGUGAAAAGCCAAUCGCAAAAUACACA